AUGAUUUUAUUAGGAGCUAUGUUGUUCCUUUUAGGAACAGUAUCUGCUAACCCAUCAUUACCUACAGAAAUGAUUAUGCAUGAACAUAAACAUGGAACAUCGGACAAAGUAAAUGUUUUGUCAUCUUCAAGUCUUUCAGCAUUAAUAGGAAAUUACCUUCAAGAAGGGACGAACGUUUUCUUUAAACCACAAUUAUCGCAAAUGCAACCUGUAGUUGAAAAUGAUGAUUGCAAAAUGUCUCAUCCCUUAAUUACUCCUGUGGCAGUUAAUGAGCCAAUUCGUGUAGUAGAAAAAGAAAUCAGUGCACCAUUCGGUACAAAUAUUGAACAUAUAACAGAAAUGAAGCCUGCAGCAUAUGUCAAUAUACCAAAACCCGCUGCACCAUUGAUAGUAGAAGAUAUCAAGCCAUUUAUUAUACCUGAACCACCAAAACGAAGGAUUCCUGAACUCGAAAUUAACGAACCGUUAAAUGGUGUUAUGGAAAUUGAAGAAGAAAACUUUACACCCGUGCUACCAACUAAACCGCAAAACAUACCUUUAUUAUAUAAGGAAGAACUGCCAAUGAAAUCCUUUUUUAUGGGAGUAGAGGAUCAAAGAGAAAUGGAAGUACCGGUAAUGCUGCCUCCUGGUCCGGUUAUACCACCAAUGGUACCAAAAUCACCCGUAUCCGUAGAAAAUACUCGACUGCCAUACAAACACCAUCCAACCGCUCCCAUCUUUGUAAAAUUGGAAGAACCAAAAGAAGUUAAAAUACCAGUGGUGAUUCCUCCUGCUCCUGUUUUACCUCCAUUUGAGUUUUCGCAGCUACCAGUGCAAGUAGAAGAAGCCCCUUUAUAUAGCAAAUUACCUUCGCCUGUCAUUGUCAAAGAACCCGCAUUAGUCGAAAGGCAUACGCAACAUUUAGUACAUGAUGUGAAAAUUCCUAUGUACUAUGAACAAAAUGGUUUUUAUGGCGUACCUUAUUCAAUACACAAUUUCGAUUCGAACAAGUAUUGUGAUGAUGAUAUAGUUGUAGAACAAAUGUUGCCCGAAAUGAGACAUGAUAUGAUAUAUCAAAAGCCAGUUCCAUAUUUAUUUCCUCCGUACUAA